AUGUCUUCCGAGGACAAAUACGAAACGCUGGAAAAGAUUGGCCAUGGCUCCUUUGGCAUCAUCCGCAAAGUCCGCCGCAGGACAGACGGCUUCAUCAUGUGCAGAAAGGAAAUCUCAUAUCUACGCAUGUCCCAAAAGGAGCGCGAGCAGCUUCACGCCGAGUUCCAGAUCCUGUCACAUCUACGCCACCCAAAUAUCGUCGCCUACUACCACCGCGAACACCUCAAAGUCAGCCAGGACUUGCAUCUCUACAUGGAAUACUGCGGCAACGGUGAUCUCGGUCGUGUCAUCAAGGAUCUUGCGCUCAAGGGCCAGCGAGCACAGGAAAGCUUCGUCUGGAGCAUCUUCAGCCAGCUCGUCAUGGCACUCUACCGCUGUCACUAUGGUACUGACCCCCCAGAGGUCGGCACCAAUGUCCUUGGCUUGACGCAAGGAACUGUCGGUAACGGCCCCAAGGUUCCUGCUGGAACAAUGACUAUCCUACAUCGUGAUUUGAAGCCCGAAAAUGUCUUCCUCGGAGAGGACAACUCGGUUAAGCUUGGAGACUUUGGUCUGUCCAAGAUGAUCAAGUCCCAUGACUUUGCUUCCACCUAUGUCGGCACUCCCUUUUACAUGUCUCCCGAGAUUUGUGCUGCCGAAAAGUAUACCCUCAAAUCCGACAUUUGGUCACUAGGCUGUAUCAUCUAUGAGCUCUGCGCACGCGAGCCUCCUUUCAACGCCAAGACGCACUUCCAACUGGUGCAAAAGAUCAAAGACGGAAAGUUUCCUGCCUUGCCCGACGUCUACUCUCCCGAGCUUUACCAGGUUAUCAAGGACUGCCUCCGAGUGAACCCUGACCGAAGACCUGAUACUUCGGAGCUCUUGAACUUGCCUGUGGUUAAGCUUAUGAGGAAGGAGAAGGAGGUUGUCGACCUAAACAAGUCUCUUCGUCUCAGAGAGGAUGCCCUCCGUAAGAAGGAAAGGGAUCUCAACGAGAGGCUCUCCAACAUGGAGAGAGAGAAGGAUCUUAUUCGCGAGGAGCUGGACUCGUCACUACGAAGAGAGUGGGAGGUAAAGGCGCGCCUCGAGAUAGACCGUCUUGCCAAUGCCGAAAUUGAGCUGCUUCAGAACCGCUUCGAAGAGGAGGUGCAAGCACGCGUCGAGGUUGAGCUGCAAAAGAAGACUGCGGUAUCGUUUGCUGGGUCAAGGCCUGAGAGCCGAGAGGAUGAGUACGCUUCGUCAAUGGGCAAGUCAGAUCACAAGUCUGACUACCCUCACUCAUCUGUUGGCGGCAGCGAAGCCGAGUUCCCCUCCACAACGGACCUCUCCGAGUACUCCCUCGAUAGUCCCGAGGCGCCUCGCGAGACUAAGAAGACCGCCCGCACACCUUUCGGCCGUGCGCAGACUAUGUUUGUCGGCAAUCAUGGUACACCCAUGGAUAUCGAGAUGAACUCACCCAGCCCUAUCGCCAUUGCGUCACUGUCUCUAUCGCCACGCCGCAACGGAAACACCAAGGCCCCAGUUGCCACGUCGGGCAAUAUCUUCACUGCUAAUGCCAACCGAACCUCCGCUGAUUCACGAUGGGAUCACCCUCAUGAUACAUUAUCCGAUUCCGAAGACGAGGAUGUCAUCCCGUCCCCCACGCGCAAUAUCAAGUCGUCCAAGAACCCGUUCACUUCCAAGACGCGGCCUGUCCUGACUUCACAAAAGUCGUGUCCCAUCAACCGCUUGAAGAACCAGCCUUCAACCUCGGGCUUUGUUUCUAAGCAGAUGCCUCCACCCGAGGCUCCGAGGUCACCUACCCGCCGUCUUAGCAAAAUCCCUUCGGCAGCGAACCUCCAGGAGGCCAGCAGUCAGGGCUUGACGCGCCAAAACUCUGGAAACAGCAAGAAGAGCAACUCGGACGACGGCCUAGGCAAGGUUGCAGCUAAGAACAACAUCCGAGGUCGCACCCUGGUCGAGCUACAACAAGCUCGUGCUGGUGGACGUCCUAUGAGUGCUAUUGUCAUGCCUAGCACAGGCGAGAACGUUAGCCCUAAGAGGGCCUUCCGAGACCGCAUUGGUGCUGAGCGCAAGUCGAGCGGCGAUGAGCCCGUAGCUGUCUGGGAUCCGGAGAGGGACGAGAUGCCCAGUCCUUUCCUGGUCCGACAGCGACGGAUUGCUCGGGUGUAG